AUGACUCUUUUUCGUUCGUGGCGAGCCCUCUCUCUCCUAUUCCCUCUUGAAAGAGCUCAACUGUCGGACAUUGAAAAAGAUAUCGAGAACAAGCCCGAGAACUAUGCCGAUUCUACUCUUACUGUCCAGUAUCAAAUAGAUCUGGAGAUCAUCGGCGUCGGUGCAGCAGGUCAAGUCUAUAAUGUUGAUGAUCAUAUUGUUAUGAAGGCAGGCAGGGUAUACGUGCCUCCUUCAGAAAAUGCCACCCCCCGUGCCCAAUGGGACUAUGCCUCCGAGUCAAUUUUUCACUUCGGUCUAAUGCGAGAUGAGAAAAGCGUGUUCCGCCUGCUAUCACAGCACCCUCACCUAAACAUCAUUGAAGCCAUCGACACAAGCUACCCCGAAGGCGUCUACCUCCGUAAAUAUCAACCAUUCCCCGACACCAAACUACCUCCUCAAUCUGUCCGGAUGCUCUGGUACCAGGAUAUCCUCCAAGCGCUUUCUCACCUCCACAGUCUUCGCAUCGCACAUUCAGAUAUACGGAAGGAUAACAUCCUCCUGGACGCACAAGGACAUGCUCUACUUUCUGAUUUCAGCGCCAGCUGUCCCUUCGGAUACCCGAAUCCAUCGCUUCCAUUCCUUCUUAAUGGACAGUCGGAGACAGUUUCAGACGGCUCCGAUAUGUUCGCCAUGGCUUCCCUGAUCUACGAGUUGGAGACUGGCGCCCGGCCGGAAAUAACUCUUAACGAUCGCGAUGAAGUUGUUUUACCCGCAGUCCAUACCGGAAACACCGGUCUGGACUCCCUGAUUGAGAAUGCGUGGAGGGGGCGGUAUGAAUCUACGGCCGAUAUGCUGGCGCGCGCUCGGAGUCUGAACCACAGCGAAGAUAUUCGCGGGCAGACUCAAGAUUGUCCUUCGAAGGAAGAAUUACGAUCGCGCAUUAGGCAGUGGAGGAGGGAUCGAGAGGAACGGCAUGGAUGUAUCCUCUAUUCUCUACCAACAGAGAAACAACUGCGCAUUCUGGCAGAGCGUUACGACCUUGAUAUGGAUGCGGAGCUGCGCUUUCAUGACUAUGAAGCAAACUCCGGACAGAAAUAA